AGUAAAUUGUGUAAUUUAAAUUUAUGAAAUUAAACUUAAAUGAUAAAUGAAAAAAUCAAAACUAAUGUUAUCAUGUAACCCCACUGCAGCAUCUUUACACUAUGUGGUCCCCCAUCAUAAAGUAGGCUAUCAUGUAAUGCUCUUAUACACGUCAUUUACAUUUAUCAUUUCCCUCUAUUUUGAUAUACAGUUGAAUUAAAAAUUGGUGUCGUUGGGAUUGAGAAGUAAGGUGUAUGGUCUUGUGGGGCCCGCGCAAAUUUAAUGACUUAUCUACCAGUAAAUGCAACAGCUGCUACCCAAUUACAAUUACACAGCUCAAUUUGCCCUAGCUAUGAAUACAAAUACAAUCGAUUAUAAUUUGGCCUCAAAAGAAAAAACUAGUCUGUGUUAAAGUGAGUGAUCUGUUGUGUAAUUUGGUUAUGGAUAAAGGCGCACAGAAACAGCCUCAGCUCCCGCUGAAGACCCGCAUCAGCCUCUUCUUUCUCAAUGCCGUCACCGACGCCUCCACCUGCUCCAACGGCACCGUCAACCGCCGCCUUUUCAGCAUGGUGGAGUCCCUGAGCAGCUUGAGGGUGCCCGCCAGCUCCAAACCCCGCAAGAGCGUCAUAACCUCCGACGUCACCGUGGACCCCUCCCGCGACCUCUGGUUCCGCCUUUUCGUCCCUUGCGAUUCCGACCAGCAGAAGCUCCCCGUGAUUGUCUUCUUCCACGGCGGCGGCUUCGUCUACCUCUCCCCCGAUAUGAAGGCCUACGACGAGGUCUGCCGCCGCUUCGCUCGCACGCUCCCGGCCGUGGUGGUGUCGGUGAACUACCGGCUGGCGCCGGAGCACCCGUAUCCGGCUCAGUACGACGACGGAUACGACGUCGUCAAGUUCCUGGACGAGCAGAGGGGGAUUCUGCCGGAGAAGGCGGACUUGUCGCGCUGCUUUCUGGCGGGGGAUAGCGCCGGUGGGAAUCUGGCCCACCACGUGACUCUACGCGCCGCCCAGUCAGCGACAGCGUUUGCUCGGAUCAAGGUGUUGGGAGUGGUGGCCAUACAACCCUUUUUCGGAGGAGAAGAAGCCUCCAAGUCGGAGAUGGAGCUGCAAGGGAUCGAUGUGAUCGUCACCAACCAGCGCACCCAAUUCAUGUGGAAAGCCCUUAUGCCUCAAGCUGACCGCGACCACCAGGUCAUCAACGUUACCGGGCCCAACGCCGUUGAUAUAUCCAAAAUUGAUUUUCCGGCGACCAUGGUGGUGGUGGCGGGCUUCGAUUCCCUCAAGGACAGGCAGAUCAGGUACUACCACUGGCUUAGAAAUUCCGGCAAAGAAGCUUAUCUGGUCAACUACCCCAACAUGAUCCACGCAUUCUACAUUUUCCCAGAACUUUCUGAAUCUGCGCUGCUCAUUUCCGAAAUCAAAAAUUUCAUCAACAAACACUCCUCUGGCUCUGCUGCAACAACCUAGCUAAUUAAUGUAUUUUUCUAUUUUUAUCGCUCAUCACUUUGCUACCUACUUUACCUACCUAAUGUACCAAUGUCAAUUUAAUAAUUACUCAUCCAACAAAAUCUUUA